AUGGAUCCUAAGCAGCAAUUAGGGAUGCCGGAAACCGAUGAGAACAAUGUCCCCAUUGACCAAGCCCCUCCGGGGUACACAACUCCGCUGCCGGCCGCUAGGCACAAUCGGCCACCUGUGGACACGGCUAGAAAAACCCCUGAAACUCCCCAGGAAGACAUCUUCCACACCCUACAGAAUAUGUUCACCCCAGAACAACUCAGAAGUGCAGCAGAGGUUUUUCAGGCAAUGGCAAGCGGUACCCCACCGACCGGUCCCCGGCCAAAGCAACCCUUGAGCAGAGCCCACAGCCCGGUGAGAAAGCUUCGUACACCGUGGACGGGCCGCCAGGGCGAGCGAGACCGGCAUGACCAGGAUCAGGUGGCAAACUCGAAGACCCCCACAAAGCAGGUUAAUGACCAGGAAGAAGAGGAGGAGGCGCAGGACACUGAGGUCCAGCAGCAUUCCUCCCAGCCGAGAAAUCGAAGUGAAUACCGGCGUAGAGCACAGGUGUCGCUGCGGAACUCGCCCUUUUCCACUGCGAUUCUACAGGAGCCCAUGGAAAAACUGAAAAUGCCGACAUGCAAGUAUGACGGUAAAACUGACUCAGAGGACCAUAUAUCGGCCUAUGAGGGUCAUAUGAUGUUGUACACCGAUACUGACUCGGUGUGGUGUAAGGUGUUUCCAUCUACCUUGCUCGGACUAGGGCAGACCUGGUUUAAAAGCAUUCCGCCGACAACUGUGUUUGACUUCCGACAACUCACAUCCAUGUUUGUAACACACUUCGUCAGCAAUAAGCGUCGUGAACGAACAACCGGCGAGUUAAUGUCUAUUAAACAAGGAGAGACGGAAAGCUUGAGGGAUUAUGUCGGGCGUUUCAAUGCCGAAGCCGUCACCAUCCCGACACUGCACGGCAACGCGAAAAGGCCAGCGGCUAUAGAAAAAGAUAAAGAGAAGGAUAAAGAUAAGGAUCACCGGGAUGACAAGUACCGGAAGGACAAAAAGUCCGAGUCCACCGGCAGAAAAGAGGAGAACAACUCUGUGAAAAAGGGGUUCGAAGGAAGGCCAGACAAAUACAACAAUUAUACUCCGCUGACAAUAUCCCGGGCCCGGAUCUUUGAGCUGCAUAGUAAGGACGAUAAGUGGCAAAGGCCGCGAAAAAUGUACUACAAGGGUAGGGAUAAGUCCAAGUGGUGUGAAUUUCAUGAUGAUUACGGUCACAAAACAGAUGAUUGCAAGGACCUUAAGGACGGGAUCAAAGACCUCGUCAGGCGAGGUUACUUUACCCAGUACCAAUCAAGGACUGAUCGCAAAACUCCUCCAAGGGAGGAUGAAAAUAGCAAUAGAAGACCGGUAAAAGACAGGAUCACUGAGAUCCACAUCAUAAGCGGAGGACCAACGAGAGGCGGUAGUAUUCACGGGGCGAAAGCUAGCCUCAAAGAGGUCCGCCACCAGGUGAACUAUAACAAUGCCAGAAAAUGGCCGGCACCUCCAUCUAUGCCGUCUGUAGCUUUUACUUCAGAGGACGCUAAAGGGAUCGUUUAUCCUCAUGACGACCCUUUGGUAGUAUCUCUGCAAAUAUCCAAUGCAAUGGUCCAUCGCGUUCUAGUCGACGGAGGAAGCUCUGCCAAUAUUCUCUACAAAGAGACGUUUGAAAAUAUGGGAUUUGACGAAACAUGUUUGAAACCAGUCUCUUACCCGGUUAUCGGCUUCACAGGAGCAUCUAUUGUCCCAGAGGGGACGGUAAAGCUGGCGGUCAAAAUAGGAGAGGGGUCCCGGUCCAAGGACCUCAUGGUGGAAUUUCUGGUCGUAGACGUCCCGACGGCGUAUAACGCCAUCAUUGGGAGGCCGCUAAUUCAUGACGCCCAGGCUGUUGUCUCAACGUAUCACCUUACCAUGAUCUAG